GCUCCAAGGGCCGGAUUGUUCUUAACUUUCUGCUUGAGCACGACAUGGUGGCGGUGAACACGUACAAUCAGGCAAACCGGUCCGACACGUACACUUGUCACUACCAUUUGAAAUCGGAGCCUCGGCAAAUCGAUUUUGUCUUCGUGUCCAGGCAGAUCGCAGGAGUCUUGACGAUGGAGCCGGAGACCACCAAGGAGUUCGAGGACAAUGCCGUGCACGUCUUCACCGACGGGCACUGCCAGCGUUAUUCCAGCAAUACUGGUGAAUGCUCUGCGAUGGUCGAGGCGUGUCUGUUCCUCCUUUCCACUCGUGACUCGGCGAACCCAGGCAAUUACCAUUUCAUGGAGAAUGUCGGGACGAUCGUGUUCAAGGUGGACUCUUUGUACGUUGUCGGGAUUUUGACGGGUAAGUUCCAUGCGAAGGAACAUGUUGAACUCAUGUCUCUCAUGGAGCACUUGUGGAACAGAUUAUCGCGUGUAUUUGAUGUGAGGCUUCUUAAGGUGAAGUCGCACACUGGCAUCGCCAGGAACGAGGAGGCAGACAGGCUGGCAGCUUUCGCAGGGAAUCGCGACAACAUCGCGUCCUGGUGGCGUCGCCCAUACCGGCUUGCCGACUGGGGAGCGACAGAAUUUAGAUCACGCAUGGGGGCGGCGACGAACUUCGAGAAGCUCGCUGGCGAUGGCGCCACCAAUUUGACGGAGGUGAGAUCUGUUGGCUUCGUGAACGUUGUCCCCACCAUCGCCGAGUUCACCCAGGCAGUCUCCUCCGAGGCUCGCGUCCACGGUCGUGCGCCUCGGCAUGGCUGCCGCGACGCCGAGGCCAUCCAGCAGGCGAAGUGCGCACUCCAUGAGCUUCAACGGCGGCGGAGGAUGGAAUCUGAGCCAGUAUCCCGCGCACUCGUGGCAAACAUGGUGGUCAAGCAGAGGAGGCGCAUAGCAAGACUACAAUUCGAUGUGAAGAUGGCCGAGGCUAUCCAAGCAGCUCGCCCGGCCAAGCCAUUUCAGAAGACGGUGGUGCCGUUCUUUUGGGGACCUGGUACGUCCGACAUGGCAUUCAGCGACGAGGCAAAGGGGCAUUGGUUAAUAACGUAUUUUCACAAUCUUUACAACAACGAGCGCUCGCUCAAAGAAGAUAUGCCUCCUUGGUUGUCGCAGUCGUGGCACACGGACGCCUUGUCUUGUUUUCGGCCUCUUGACGGCAGCCUCGUGCGCAGAGUUGUGUAUCGAUUCAAGUUGAACAGGACGUGCGCAGAAGACCUGGUGGUCAUCGAGAUGAUCGCGUGCCUCGACGAGGACACGUUCGAGGUGUUGGCGGAUGUCUUUAGGCUCCGGCUGCUGAACCACGUAUCCGAGGCCGACGAGACAUCAUGGGAACGCGUCGUGGUGCAGUGUAUUCUGAAGAAGGAUGAACCCACCCACCCUUCCAAACUCCGGCCUAUUACUAUCAUCCCGGUCUUGAUGAAAGUGUACUUGGCGUGCAUUCUGGAGCUGGAGAACAAACACCUGGAGAAUCUGAGCGAGGUUCAGUUUGCGUUCCGUCCACACAGGCAGGCGUUGGAUGUGAUUUUCACGCUCCGGAACUUGAUCGAGAAACAUGUCGAGUGGCAGGACGUGGUGCCGCCCUUGAUCAUCUUCGACGGGGACCUCUUCAAGGCGUACGAUACGGUGAACCAUCUCCUCGGCGCGCAGCGUCUGGUCCGGAAGGGCUUUCAAAAUAUUACUGUUGCAGCUAUCUUCAGGGAGGCCCGCAAGUUGAAAUCCAAGGUCUGUGCAGGGGAUGUCUGCAGCAAGGACGUCGGGCGCACCCAGUCCUUGUGCCAGGGGGGGCCAGACGCCCCGAAAGUCUUCAAUUUGAUCUUCGACGUUGACUUGGCAGAGUUUCAGGCGGAGUGCGCGGAAAACAAAUGGGGCGUCAAAGUUGGAGGGGCUUUCUAUGGCAUCUUGUGUUUAGCAGACAAGUUUUGGAUCCUCGGAACAUCGCUCAAAAUGCUACAGGAUAUGGUGCAGUCGUUCUUGGGCAGACUAUGCCGGUCUGGAUGGUCAGUCCCUCUGGAGGAGUGUUCUUGGUGUACAACGGCUUCAGAUGGCAUCCCGAUGGCGCUGACCGUCAAUGGCCGCGACAUCAGGCGAGCAGCCCGGAGCGAAGGUUUCAAAACCCUAGGGGCCAUCGUCACUGUCGACAACUCGUUCGAGAAGGAGUUCGACAACAGGAUCUCUAAAGCGUGGGGGUGUUACUUCAAGUGCAGGGCUUUACUUGUGCACAAGUCGGGGUCCCUCAAGAAGAAGUUGCACCUGCUGGACAUGACCGUCAAGCUCGCGCUCCUAUGGCGGGCGGGCGCUUGGAUUCUGAACGUGCAUCAGGAGAGGGCCAUAUCUGGGGUGCAGCGUAAAAUGGUGCGCAGCAGGAAACCGUGGACCAGUACAUGCAUCGCUGUGAAGGCCUGGUUACACGAGCCAUGCAACAGUACAGCGUGGAAUCGUGGGUGCAAACUUGGAGAAAGCAGCAGUGCGAAUGGGCUGGGAAAUUGGUACGCCAAGGGCUACAGGAACCGGAUC